CCUUGAAUAAGCAACAUAUACAACUUGAAGUCGGACAUUAUUUACGUCUAAGAUCCAUGACACCCCAACACAAUGCCGUUCUGCCAACCGCUCUCAAAACACCUGCCAUCCAGAAACUAACUAACAAGCGUGUCAUUCUCGCUUCUGCAAGUCCAAGGAGGAAGGAGAUACUCCAAACCCUGGGCUUAGCACCUGAGGUUGUCCCAUCGACGUUUGCUGAGAACCUCCCUUUCUCUUCCUUCGAGGAUAUUCAUGAAUAUCCCGUUUCCACCGCGACCCAGAAAGCAGUGGAGGUGUAUCAAAGAUUACUGACAGAUGACCUAGACGACCCACCAGAUCUCGUCAUCGGUGCGGAUACCGUCGUCUUCACUCAUGCCCUGCCAUCGACGACGAUUGAGAUGGAGACGGGUGUGCGGCAAGAGCUUCUCGAGAAACCAUCCUCGAAACAGGACAAUAUGCGCAUGCUGAUGGACCUGAAUGGGAGCGUUUGUGAGGUCGUAACCGGCGUUUCAAUUGUAUAUCCGAUCUUGAGUGCUCCUGGAUAUGAGAUCAAAUCUAUAGAUGAGCGGACAUUGGUGUUCUUCGGGGACAAUCCGGACCAUGUACUUAAGGCGUACGUGGACAGUGAGGAAGGCCUAGAUCGGGCAGGAGGCUUUGCAGCUCAAGGUCGUGGCAACUUGCUCAUUCGCAAGAUUGACGGCGACUUUUACAACGUCAUGGGUUUUCCUGGGGCGUCAUUUUUCAAGCUCCUAGACAUCCUCGUUGAGGAAGAAGAGGACUUUCUUGCGAUAUAAAUUCUCGUAAAUAGACGACACGUGGAUUUCCCGUCUUGAUUGCAAGUUGGAAGCCUCACGUGUAUAGGAGAAUCCCAUCGCAGUCCGGUCCCGCAUACGAAGUACAUAGCUGGGCGAAUCCUUCAUUAAUACGAAAUGCGUGUAAUGACUCGCACUGAGGAACGUUCUCAUCUAACACAUCCUGCGUCCGUGGGACACAUACUCAAAAUGUGACCUUCAUUUUGAGUACGCAUCUCACAAGAUUCUGAGUGCGUGUUUUCUGCAAAUGUAGGUGUAGCGCUGGUAACAAGUACAACGAGCAGUGAGAACACGAUUAUCGUUCGAAAAAUGUGGGUCCACUGCAGGGUCAAAGUCCGAGAUAGAAAAUUAAUACAUGACAUCUUAUUUACAGCGAAU